GACCAGAUCCGUCAUGAAGUACCCGGUGCUCCUGGUGCUGUGUACGUGUAGCAGUGUAUUCCCGGUUUUGGUCAGCUGUCAAAACGCAGUGCUGAGCGCCGGUGAAAGGUACGGGGACGCCGACAGUCUGAUUGUCCACAAGCCAGCGUCCGAGAAGUGCAUCGCACAGACGGGCGUUAGUGCCGCGGCCAUCUUACGCUUCAUCGACGCGGAACCAGCCGACAACGACGGCGAAGAUCCGAAGCUGAAGUGCUACAUGGACUGCCUGUUCCGGACCCUGGACUUGACGGACACCAAAGGCGAGGUGCACCUGGGCAAACUGAUGGAAACCAUCAAGCCCGAGUUCGAGUCUGUUCAGCUCCGGAUGGGCUCCAGGUGCACGAAACCGAAGGGAAAGGAUCUCUGCGAACGAGCCUUCUGGUUCCACAAAUGCUGGAAAAUGGCCGAUCCGGUGCACUACCACGUCAUCUGGCACGAGGCGAAGAAGACGAACAAUGAGUGAAUAGGUUGCUGACUGCUGACUGUUGCUGCUGUAUUUAUUGCUUCUGAUGCACACAUUUCCCAACACCAAUCACACAUGAUUCUGCGAAAAAAUACCAAGCCGACGAAGAGACUGCC